AUGGGAGCAGAGAAGGGGACCACGGUGGUCCAGAGCCUUCCUGUCGAGGCCACGGAAGAGGCCGAGCUGUCAUUCCAGUUCACGAAACAAGAACAUGCCCUCACAUGGUGGGAUGCCAUGCGUCUACAUUACCCCGCCAUUGGCUGGGGACUCUUCAUGAAUAUGGCAACCAUCCUGAAAGGCAUUGAUGGUGGUAUCGUCCGCAGUCUGGUUGGCCUUCCCGUCUUCAAGGAGACAUUCGGCUACAACCGCGACGGGAAAUACAUCAUCGCAGCAAAAUGGCUCUCAGCCUUCGGAUAUGCCAACCUCCUCGGUGCAAUUGUCGGCGCGCUCUGUUCCGGCAUUGCAUAUGAACGACUGGGGCCGCGCCGAAUGACCGCCGGCUGCUGCGUGCUAUCGAUCGCAUUCAUUUUCAUCCAGUUUUUCAGCUCCACGCCGGCACAGCUCUUCGUCGGCGAACUUGUCAAUGGAUGCAUCAUUGCCUUCUAUCCGAUUUGUGCUUCGGCAUACGUCGGCGAAGUUACCCCACUAGUGUUGCGUGGGUUCGCAGCCACGAUGACCAAUCUCGCCUUUUCGAUUGGUUCGCUGAUCGCCUCGGGUAUCCUCAAGGGCACGGAAUCUUUGGAUAGUCAGUGGUCGUAUAAGAUCCCCAUAGCAACACAAUGGGCUUUGCCCUGCAUUAUGCUGAUCCUGGUGGGCUUCUGUCCCGACCCACCUUACUGGCUGUGUCGCAAGGGCCGCUACCAGGAGGCUGCGGUAUCACUGCGUCGUCUCGCAACCCCCACUGUCGAUGUCUCGCAAAAGCUGGCGCAUAUCAAGCAGACGCUGCGUAUAGAGGAAAGCUAUCAGGGUGAGCGGCCCACCUAUCUCGACUGUUUCCGGGGGACCAACCUCCGGCGCCUGGUUGUCUGCGUCAUGGCGUAUGACAUGCAGGCAUUUACCGGUAACGUUUUCUUUCUCACAUACGCCGUGCAUUUCAUGGAGUUAGCCGGCUUGGAUGCGUCUGAUGCCUUUUCGAUGAACAUUGGGCUGACGGCCUCGGCCUUCUGGGCACGUGCAUCUCCUGGUUUCUCCUUUCAUAUGUCGGUAGACAAACGAUGCCCGUUCUGCUAUGUGCUGCUGGCGGAGGUAUCUUCGGCCAAGCUCCGUGGGCUGACGAUUGCAUUAUCUACCGUGACUUGUUUUGUCUGGUCGGUAGUAUUUGCAGUGGUGAUUCCGUAUGCCAUGAACGAGGAUCAAGGAAACUGGCGCGGAAAGAUUGGUUUCUUGUUCUCCGGUCUUAGCAUGCUCUGCGCUUUGUACUGCUUUUUGUGUAUGCCGGAGACAAAGGGUCGCACGUUCGAAGAGCUGGAUAUUCUUUUUGAGCGCAAAAUCCCGAGUCGGAAGUUCAAGUAUUAUAAAGUGGAUAUCGAUGUUGGUGGGAGGCGGUUGGAGUGA